AUGAAUGAGGAUUCCAUAACAGAACUCAUCACAGACGAAGCUCACUCAAUUCCGCGACUAUCUCAGGUGGAAGUGCCGUUGAUUGACAAUGAACCCGGUAUCACAGUCUACGGACACGAUACAUUGUUUCAUGCACGGUUGCGUCCAGUGUUUCGUGACGGGGGAUGGGUCCCUGGUGGGCUAGGAGAGGAUCCGACGAGAGUUGUUGUCAGGAGACUCGCAAAAGAAAGCUCUGACGAGGAUGUUAAUCAAGAAGUUAGGCAUUCGUUGAAAUACUACUACCCAUACGUCAUGCAGUUGUUUGGAGCCUCCCGGAUCGCUUCCCUGAAUAAGUUUUUAGUAUACUCAAAUGCAAAUGUGACCACGUAUAUCGAUUUCAAGGGCUCCAAGCGCGGAGAAGAUUAUAGGAGUUACGAUUCACAGUACGAUACAUCGUUCAAUAGCGCUUGGAGAUAUCUGAAAAACGAGGUACCCGUUGACGGUUUCACUUUGGAUGUCAUCUUUUCAGAGACCCGCACUGUCAACGCCAACGGAGGAUCCGCUCUGAUUGUGGUCCCUGCCCUCCCAUCGUCGCCAGUGGAUCGUGCUAAGCUUAUAACUAAGGUCCUCGAAGAAUUUCAGUACAAAGUCAACCGUCGCAUCGACGUGGCAAAUCGCGCACAGUUCACGCGGUGUCCGGAGUGUUUACCUUCUACAGGUGGAUGGAACUUGGGACUAAUAAAUUCAGUGUUGAGAUGUUUGGAAAAUGUAGAGCCUCAUUUAGAGUGGGGGAAGUUUCUUAUCCAGAGUAGAUCUGAGGAAGCAGACGAAGAACGAGAUCAGGAUCGUAGGGGAAGAGACGAGUUCAAUAACGCGUUCGAGAAAGCCCAAAAGCUCGCUGAGACUCUCAGCAAGAAUACUGAAACCGGGCUCAAUAGGGCAAUGAAUGACGUUAUCAUGCGUUCAAAUCUAGCGACUAGCGGGAUCUGUAGCUGGUGCGCGAAGAAAUGGGAACGGAAGGAGGGUCAACUAUUCCAAACAUUUGAGGAUUCUACAGCGGUCAUUACUAUCGUAGAGGAAAUGCCCGAGAACUUAGAGGGGAAAAGGUCAAGCUCUUUUGGGUGUCUGGAAAAGCUCACAAACAAACCAAGUUACCGUUUAAGGAUUGUUAUGGUGGUCAUAUGUCUACUCCUCGCUGGGGUUCUUGCUUUCAUGAAGAGGGGGGCUGGGAGCUAA